AGUCGCACCAGUCCCCGGGCGAUCGCCGUAUUUCGCGGGGUUCUCUCACAGACGCACGAGUUGUUGUCAACUGAGCUGGGGAACUUUCGAAUUGUUUGUAAAUAUAGACGUUUCCUCGCCAUGGCCAAAGGAAGAGGACGUGGGAUGUUAAGGCUAGAGUAUUGGAGUCCGUGCAGGCGACCAGGUCAGGCAAGAGACCCAACCAUCAAACCCGUAGCGGUGUCUGACCUGGUUCGUCCCCAAGGCAAAAGUACCGACGCGAAAAAGCAACAUGCUAAUGGACCACCAGUACCACCUAUUAAAGAAGGCAGCAAACCAGUGCAACUUUUAGCCAAAUACAACUAUAAAGCUAACCCAAACCGGCCUGGAGGAUUUGAUGAGAUGUCCUUGACAGCAGGAGAGAAGCUAGAGUUCAUAGCCACCCACUCUGUCAACCCAUACUGGUGGGAAGCGAAGAGAGAAGAAUCUGGCGAAGUAGCAUUUGUACCAGCAAGCUAUAUUAUGGUUCUAGAGAGCAAAUUGGAAACACUUCCUUGGCUAGAGGACAUGAAAGCCGCAAAAGAAAAGAGGAAAGAAGAGAUGGAGGAAACAAAUUCUGGCAUAUUUGGAAAUGCCCCUCCUCCACUAUUCAAACCCUAUGUCUCAGCCUAUAGUCGAACUCAUGACAGUACAGCUCCAGAAUCUGCCCGAAAGUUCUACUGUGAAGUGUGCGAUAAAACAUUGAAUGGACCAAAGCCAUACCAAGCCCACAUGGUCAGCAGAGCACACCGGGAUGAAGUUGAGGCAGCAUCAUACAUUUCCUAACAUAAACAAUACGCUCAAGUGACUAUUGACAUAUUAAUGCAGUAUUUAUAAUGCUUGGACAAUGAAACAAGUGCCUUCCAAAUAACUAUGUUUUCUGUUAAAAAAUGGAGAGGGAACCAGUCUCUAGUUAGAUCUACUCGUACUGUUUCUAUCAGAAGCAGCAUGGCUCCAUGUCAUUUUUUAGUAAAAUCACCUAUUUUCAUACUAAAAUCUUGCGUAUGAAUUGGGAUGUAGCUGUAUUCAUGUUGUGAAUACUGUACAUAUUAUUAGUCCUGUUAGGAAUUCAAUAAUAAUGUGACCAAUUGUUCUAACUGUUUGAAAAAGCUAGUACGUUAUAGAGAGAAAUGGGCUUCUCACUGUAAAGCAAUUAGGAACAACAGAAUAUUAACUUGUAAUCUUGCGGCGUUCCCCUUCCCCCAUCAGUUUCAGCCAUUGAAGACUGGGCAAACUAGGCAAACAAUACUAACCAAUGACAGCACAACUAUGGUAGGGUAUAUUCUAUUCACUAGCACAGUUGCACCUCCAGGUGUAGUUAACAUUUAGUUUUUUUUUUAGAAGAGUUUAUUAUGUAAAAAUUUAAUAUAAAUGUAUUUGACUUGUUUGUAGUUAAAUUUGAUAAAUAAACAUUUAAAAUUGAAA